AUGUCGAAAUCAAUUGUCAAGAAAGCUUUAGAAAUGCUCGAUGAACACGAUGACGGAAUGAAAUCGAAAAACAAAUUGAAUUCGCUGAAGAAGAAAAAGAAAAGAAGUUUGACCAUUGUCACUGAGCCGACGAAAUUUCAAGAUAGAAAACAAUUGGCACGAACGUGUUUAACAUUGAAGAAGCUCUCCAAACCAGUUGUGACAUCGGAUCAAAUUGAACAAAUAAAUAAUUAUCGUUUCGGUGGUCCGUCGAAAAGAACUUUGAAAGAGAAAAAGAAAACUGAAGAAAAAGAAAUUUUCACUGAAGAAGAUUUUAAACGUUUUGAAAGAGAAUACAAUCCACCAUUACAAAAAUCGUGA